AUGGGAGUUUUUAAUAUAUUUAAAAAGGGAUUUGAUGCCGAUGAGUUCGAUAAGGAGCUAACCCUUCUUUCUCAGACUAUAUCAUCAUCGCAAGAUAAAAUUUAUCGUCUUCGAAGAAAAUCGAAAGCAAUAAAAUGGUACUUAAUAAAACACACAAUUGUGUUAUACAUUUUAGUUAUAGCUUAUUGCUAUGCAAAGGUUUCCAAAAAUGAGGUUUAUGGUACUCGAUUUCAAAGAUUUGUAAGAGCUCAAUCUCGAAAGCUGUUAGGCAUUUUGAUUGGUCUACCAAUUUUAAGUUUCGUAUUAGUGAAACUUCUCCAGUUGGUGUUCAAUAUCCUUAUUGAAAGUCAGGAAAGAGGCUUGAAGAACAUGAGAAGAAAACAUAGCUUGAAGAUUGAGGAAUUGAAGAAAGUGACUAACUUUAAUACUGCAAAUGAAUUGUUAACAAAAUACGGCGAUGAUGGCGAAAACCACCCCCACCAGGCCGCUCAAGGUACCAAAAAUGAAGACGUUCAUCUGACAGAAUUGCAACAUAUGAACCCUCAAGAUAUGGGCCUCAAUUUAGAUUUUGGACCCAUACAACAGCCCACAACUCCUACAUCUCCAACUUCUCAGAGUAUUCAACAAUUGCCGAACUCUGCGCAAUCCAUCAGUUCGCCGGUUGGAAGAACCCCUCAAAGGUCAUUUCAAGAUCGAAUAUUAGAUUUAUUGAUAGGGUCAGACAAUAAUGAAUCAGUUGAAACCAGAUAUGCUUUAAUUUGCAAUAGAUGCUUUACUCAUAAUGGGCUAGCUCCGCCAGGAUGUAAAGAUCCAUUGACUGUCAAAUAUAUUUGCUUUCGCUGUGGGGCUUUAAAUGGUAGCGAGAAGAUAAACGACGACAUAUGUACCGAUAAUCUCCAGACACCAAAGCCAAGAAACAAUAUGAAUGAAGGAAUCUCUGGUGUGUUAGCUGAGCCUCAUUUGAAUACAACGACGGAAAAAGAAAACGAAUCUCAUGAAGUAUCUGGCUCGUCUGAAAGAGACCUAAAAAGCGAUAAGGAACGAGAUAAUUCUUCUGAGGUAGAAGACAGACCGCAAAAGGACGAUUCAUCUGAGAAGCCAGAUAAAGUUGAAAGUUCAGAGUAG